AUGUACUUAGAUAGAGAAUCAAAUUUAAAAAAUGUGGAUAAAAUAUUAGGACGAUAUCUAGACGAUUCAAAUUUCGCUGGAACUUAUAUUGAUGUAAAAAAUAAUUCUGUAAUAAUUUAUACAGUAAAUAUGAAUAAGAAGAAUGAUAUAAUUUCUAAACCUGAUGUGAGAGAAUAUGAAAGGCUUUUGGACUUUAGACAAGUAAGGAAAUCUUUGGCUCGUUUAAAAUCCUCGUUUAACGAAUUAGCUACAAUAGCUAAGCAGAAUAAACCAAAAGGCAUAUUCACUAGCAUUCAGCCAAGAUUCAAUAACAUCGUUGUAAUUGUAUCUCGGCCACCUGGUCAACAUUCUCGAGCUUUUAUAGGAACUGCCAAGCGACUUGGUGCGGAUAUAUAUUCUUCUUUUCACGAUACUGCACCACUUACUAAUAGGGGCCUAGGCAAAAGGAAUAGAAUGAAUAAAAACCUUCGACCAUCAACGAAUAUAAGGAAUGAUCAAAAUGCUUCAUAUCCUGAAUUAACUCUCAUUGAUGGUCCACCCGUAUCUAGCCAUGGUGAUGGAAACUUUGAGUCAAACUUAAUCUUUAUAGACAAGAUGUCAUCCGUCGGUGGUGAAAGUGGAG